AAGCUAUGAUCUGAUUGGUUGAGUGUUUUCAUAACUGACACGUGGUUUGAAUGUAUGACUCGUUUGGUUUGUUGUCACUUAUGAUGUACUCAUCAUAACAUCGGAUAUGACUUGAAGUGGUUUGUCAUCGGAUCCAACCAUACAUUAACUAUCAACUCAUUAAUCAAAUGUCAUUAUUGUUGAUAUUAAUCCAUCAAUUGAUUCAUUCGGUGAUAAUUGAGAUAAAAUGGUUAUCAAACAGAAUAAUGAUUCUUCACUUAAUGGAAGACUGCGGAAGAUUAGUGAAGAAAGAGAUGACAACAUAUUUGAUGAUGAAUUGAGUCAAACGAUACUCAAUWAUCAUAAAAAUGAUAGAAACAAGUGUUUGACUGAAGAAAAGAUUAUGAAUGAAACAACAGAUGUGUCCGACAAUUCAGAUGACAAACCACUGACUCUUAACAUUGAAAUCAAUUUCAUUGCUUGGCUUCUGUUUGUCAUUGCAUUUGUUUUUCGUUUCUAUCGAUUGUCUGAACCAUCAAGUGUUGUAUUCGAUGAAUUACAUUACGGAAAGUUUGUCUCUCUUUAUCUGAGAGGUGUCUUCUUUUUUGACUCUCAACCACCGCUCGGCAAACAAUUGAUUGCUUUAAGUGCUUAUAUUACCGGUUAUAAAGGCAAUCAUGUGUUUAACAAUAUCGGCGAAAAUUAUAGCCCUGAAGUACCAUUAAAAGCAUUACGAUUUGUUCCCGUAUUGUUUGGUUCGUUGACUGUUCCUACUGUUUAUCACCUAAUAGUUGAAAUUGGUUUAUCUCACAAAACGGCCGCAUUGGCCGCACUUUUUAUUAUAUUAGACAAUUCAUUACUAACACAAUCACGAUUUAUUUUAAUGGAAUCAAUUCUCAUAUUUUUAUCAUUGUUUGGCAUUUUAUUGUUUGUAAUUUCUUCAAAAAAGCCCACAUUUUCAUUGCAAUGGUUUUUGUUGUCUAUUAUUUCAUCACUAUUUAUAACAUUUGGUAUUUGUGUGAAAUAUAUCGGAAUAUUCUCAUUAAUUUUAGUACAUUUUAUUAUUUUUUACAAUUAUUGGUCAAAAAUUGCCGACCGAACUAUUAAAACGUUGCACUUAUGGCUUGAAUUUGUGUUUCAAUUAUUCAAUUUUAUUGUGUUUCCCAUAUUUGUCUAUUUAAUUGUGUUUUACAUCCAUUUGUCUAUUCUCACUAAUGCCGGCCCUCACGAUAACAUAAUGACCAGUGCUUUCCAGGCCAGUCUUGAGGGUGGGUUGGCAUCAAUAACUAAAGGUCAACCUUUAGAGAUAGCUCACGGCUCACAAAUAACUUUAAGGCAUACACACGGAAGGGCGUGUUGGAUGCACUCACAUCAAGCACUGUAUCCGAUCCGAUAUCCAGAUAAAAGAGGUAGUUCUCAUCAACAACAGGUCACUUGUUAUUCAUUCAAAGAUGUCAACAAUUGGUGGAUUGUUAAGAGACCACAAAUCAAUGAUUUAGUUACCUCUGAGCCAAUUGAUCGUAUAAAAGAUGGUGAUAUUAUACAACUGAUUCAUGGAAUGAGUGGGCGCGCACUCAAUAGUCAUGAUGUGGCGGCACCAAUGUCUCCACAAAAUCAAGAGGUUACGUGUUAUAUAGAUUACAAUAUAUCAAUGGCGGCACAAAACUUAUGGAAAGUUAAGCUUCUGAAUAGUGAUGAAACAAAUGGAUUUUGGCAUACAAUUAGCUCAAGAGUUCAACUCAUUCACAUCAAUACAACACAAGCACUAAAAUUUAGUGGCAAACAAUUACCUGAUUGGGGUUAUAAUCAGCACGAGAUUGUCACCGAUAAGAAUCAUAAUCAAGAAGACACCAAUUGGAAUGUCGAAGAACACAGAUAUACUAAGAAUUCGGAUGCAAAAGAAAGGGAACGUGAGAUGGGUUUGGCUGAGUUCGUACCAUUAAAACCAACACAAAUGUCAUUUAUAGACAAAAUGAUUGAAUUGCAAUACAAGAUGCUUGUCGUCAACCAGGAGAACGUCCAAAACCAUAUCUAUAGCUGUGAUUCACCAAUAGAUUGGGUGACACUAUCUAAAGGAAUUGCUUAUUGGAUUGACACCAAAAGCAAUGGACAAAUACAUUUGAUUGGUAACAUUACUUUAUGGUAUUCGGCAAACAUAUCAAUCGUUAUUUAUUUGAUAUUAUAUGUGAUUUAUUUAUUACGAAGAAAGCGUCACUUUUUCGAUAUAUCUAAUCGUGAAUGGCAGCAAUUUAUAAGAAUCGGACAGUUUUUCUUAAUCGGUUAUUUCGCUUAUUUAAUACCCUAUUUCUUAUCUGAAAGAACACUGUUUUUGCACCAUUAUUUGCCGGCUCUGGUCUUCAAAAUAAUGUUAAUGUCAGCUAUGAUUGAACACUUAAAUUACUUAAUACCAACAAAAUUCAUGAAUCUAUUACUUAUACUAUUAAUAUCAUCAAUGGUUUAUACAUUUUAUCAGUUUUUGCCACUGAGUUAUGGAUCGGCAAAAUUGARUGCUAAUGAUAUUCUCGCUCUUAAGUGGCGGCCUUCGUGGCAGCUAAUUGUUCACAAACCUUAGCAUACAUUUAUAACUAAGUGCCAUAAUUUUAUAUAUUUAUUUAAUAUUUAUUUUAU